UCCAAUGUAACUGGGCUGUACAAACAAUGACUGGAUUCGUAGCAGUGCACACAGGUGCGGGUAAUUUCCUCGACGAGACGCUGUACGAACACGUAUGCCGAGAGGCCUGCAAUCAAGCAGUGAAUGUGCUGUACGCUGGCGGAACCGCGCUAGAUGCGUGUGAGCGAGCCAUCGUCAUACUGGAAAACUCGACCGCCACGAAUGCGGGCAUCGGUUCGAACCUGAACUGGGAUCGACGGGUGGAGUGCGAUGCGUGCAUUAUGGAUGGUGCCUCACUACAGUUCGGAGCCUGCACCAAUGUGUGCGACGUAAAGAAUCCAAUCAGCCUGGCACGCCAUCUCUGCGAGCGACAAUCAAAACUGCUCAGCUUCGGUCGGAUACCACCAAUGGUAUUGGUAGGGCAGGGUGCGUCGGCGUACGCGCGUGAGAUCGGUUUACAGAUGGUUCCUGCAGAGCAUAUGAUCUCUGCCAAUGCGGCCAAAAAGUACGACCACUAUCGGUCACAAAUUAUGCAGUACGAGGAAAUAAAUCGCUCCAAACUUUCGCCACUGGACACGGUCGGAGCGGUGUGUGUUGAUGCUGAGGGGUCGAUUGUGGCCGGUUGCAGCUCCGGCGGGUUGAUGCUUAAGCUGAGUGGGCGCGUGGGUCAGGCGGCAACGUACGGAGCCGGAUGUUGGGCGUUGAUGGACGAAAACACAAGCAUGUCGGCUGCUUCCUGUACGACCGGCAAUGGGGAGUAUCUGAUGAAGACGUUGUUCGCGAAGGAGCUGGUAGACGAUCUCAUCGGAUGCAACUGUCCCAUCACGUCCCAGCACCUGACGUACAAGAAGAAGCUGCUCGAAUCGCCAUUUCUGUCGAAGCAGAAGGCGAUCCAUGCCGGUUCGCUGUCAAUCAUCUACAACACGGCCAGCGGAGAUGGCGAUCUGCUCUGGGCACACACGACCAACUCCAUGUGCAUCGGAUUCAUGUCGACAAAGCAGAAGAAACCGAAGUUUGUUCUGUCUAAACUUCCACAGAAUCUCACCUGUGGGACGAAACCGGUCAUCAAUGGACACCACUUCAAGCUGAUCUAG